UGAUGGCCUUCUAUUCAUGAAUUACACACAGUUGUUUCAGUGUUUGGCAAUGGAAGAGAGUGAAACCUUUCUAUAAAAGAAGGAAAGUGUGAAAACAUUCGGAUUUUAUAAUAAUGAGUUCUAGCAUAUUCUGAGAGCUCCAAAGGAAGUAUAAAGGGUAUCGAAUACUCUGUCCCAUCCAUUUUCAGGAAAUUGGUCAAUGCAAGAAGCCGAAGAUCAAAAAUGCACAAAGAGAUUGCCUUCCUAGUGAUUUUCAGCUCUGUCGUCCAGUAUGGAGAACAAAGGAAACAAAUCAGCAUUGGCAUUUUCCUCGAUGAUGAUGAUCAAUACGAACUAUCGACUAUCGCAGUUAGUAGCAUUGUUCGAAGAAUCAAUCUCUUCACAAGAACCGACUAUCUACUUCGUCCUCAUAUCUUCAGGGUAUCAAAUGGAGACCUUCUGGAAACUGGACAACUGAUGUGCCAGCUAAUAGAGAGAGGAAUAGCUGCCAUUUUUGGGCCAGAAUCACCGGAAAUAAAUGAGAUGAUUCAAUCAGUGUCUUCGGGAGUGGAAAUCCCCCAAUUCCAGACAUUCUGGAAUCCCAAGUUGGCCUCGACGAAUAGAUCCAUCCAGGGUAUUUUCAACCUGCAUCCGACCCCCAAGGGUCUAUCGCAAGCUCUGUCCACCCUGGUGAGAGAAAACGACUGGAACAGUUAUACGGUACUUUACGAGAACGAGGAUGCAGUUCUGAGGCUGCAGGAAGCCUUGAAACGACGCAGUCCUGCUGAUCCUGCGGUCCAGUUUCGGAAUCUCGGGUCCAAAGACAAUCACAGGACUGUACUGAAAGAAGUCAAGAGUUCAGGCGUUCUCCAUCUGAUACUAGACUGCGAGACAGCUCACAUAAUGGACAUAUUAAGGGAAGCCAGGGAACUUAAAUUAUUAUCGGAAUUCCACAGCUAUAUACUGACAAACUUGGAUGCUCAUACUUUGGAUUGGUCUGAAUUCAAAGAUGUAAGGACUAACAUAACAGCAUUCAGACUUUUGGACACAGAAAAUAAAAACAUGAAGCAUGCCGUUCUGGUUUGGAAUCAAAUGUUGAAAUAUGAUUGGUUCGGGCCCGUACACAAUAUAGCACUACAAAAAGAACUGGAAUUAUUCAGGAAGAAAAAGCCCUUUUCGGAGAUUAGACCGCAUGACUUACAUACGAAAACGGCGCUACUAUACGAUGCCCUGAAUCUUUUCAUUUCCGUCUACUCCGAAUUGGAUACCAAAGAAAAGCUGACCUUGAAACCGCUCAGCUGCGAAUCCUACGAGACGUCAUCUCACGGAAGGAAAUUCGCCAAUAGAAUGAAAGAGAGAAAUCAAGAGCUGCCCCUCCUACUCGAACCACUGACAGGUGACAUGUGGAAGUUUGACCAGAACGGCUACAGAUCGAACUACAAACUGCAAAUAAUCGAGCUAUACGCCACCGAAUUCAGAAUGACGGCAACGUGGCGAUCAAAAUAUCCGAACAGCAUCACAUUGGCACUGACAGAAAAAGAUCGAGAUACGGAGUUGAAGGAAAAAAUUCAACAAAGGACCUUCCGAGUUGUGUCAAGGUUGGGAGAUCCAUAUUUGAUGCAGGCAGUACCUCCGAACGGGAAAUCCCUAUACGGAAAUGAUAGAUACGAGGGGUACUCGAUGGACAUCAUGAAAGAAAUCUGCAAACCGGAGAAUCUCAACUGCAGUUACACUUUUGAGCUAGUUCCCGACGGCAUGUACGGCAACUACGAUCCUAAAACGAAACAGUGGAAUGGACUCAUCAAGGAGUUGCUCGAAUAUAAAGCAGAUCUCGGAGUUUGCGAUUUGACGAUAACAUACGAGAGACGGAAAGCAGUGGAUUUCACAAUGCCCUUCAUGACCCUAGGCAUCAGUAUUCUGUACGCCAAGGCGGUGAAGGAGCCCCCCGAACUGCUGUCGUUCAGCCAUCCCUUAUCCUUCGAGGUCUGGAUAUACAUCGCCACAUCUUAUUUGAUCAUCUCCAUCACAAUGUUCCUGGUGGCCAGGAUGAAUCCGAACGACUGGGAAAACCCCCACCCCUGCGACCCCUAUCCUCAAGAGCUGGAGAAUAUCUGGACCAUAAGGAAUUGCUGCUGGCUGACGCUAGGCUCUUUCAUGGCUCAAGGUUGCGAUUUACUGCCGAAAGGGAUUUCUACAAGAAUGGUAGCGGCCAUGUGGUGGUUUUUCACUUUGAUCAUGGGCGCCUGUUACACAGCCAAUAUGACAGCCUUUUUGACCAUGUCUAGAAUGGGCCCUACCAUCGAAAGUGCCGAUGACCUAGCAGCGCAGACAAAAAUCAAAUAUGGCUGCCUAGAAGGGGGCGCCACCUCUUCGUUUUUCAAGGACAACAACUUCUCCACCUACCACCGGAUGUGGGUGCAGAUGGAAAGUGCAGAGCCAUCGGCGUUCGAGAAAAACAACAAGGACGGCGUGAAACGCGUGCUCACCAGCAAGAGGAAAUACGCUUUCCUCAUGGAAAGCUCCUCCAUCGAAUACGAGAUGGAGAGAAACUGCGAAUUGAUGCAAGUCGGAAAUAAUUUGGACUCAAAGGGGUACGGAAUAGCGAUGCCAAAUAAUUCACCAUACAGAAAAUCAAUAAACGAGGCCAUUUUGAAAAUGCAGGAAAUGGGAAUUCUUCAUAGACUCAAAGACAAAUGGUGGAAAGAAAUGAAUGGUGGAGGAAAAUGUACAAAAGACAAACAUUCAACUGAUGCCGAAGCAGCAGAAAUGGGGUUGGACAAUGUAGGGGGUGUGUUCGUAGUACUAGCUGCAGGUGUCAUUUUGGCCUUCCUCAUCGCAAUGUGCGAAUUUCUCUGGAACGUCAGAAAAGUGGCGGUAGUCAAACAUUUGACACCCAAAGAAGCUCUAAUCAAGGAACUGAAGUUUGCAAUGAACAUCUGGGCCAGGAAAAAAGAAGUAACGACAAGCGGCUUGAGAGACAUUUCUUUGGAAACGCUAGAACCGAAAAUGUAGUGAAAAUUGGUUUUCUAGAGAAGCAGAAUAAUUUGCAGCGUACUUGAAAUAAAAUUACAUCAUACCUCGAAUGAAUUGUUGAAGAAUACAAU